CGUGAGGCCGUUCGGAACUUGCUGCCCGUAGAUCGGCCCUUCAUCAUCGCUAAUCGCUGUGGGAAUGCAGACGCCCCAGAAAAUACAAUCGGGGCCGUUAGGGAGGCAAUCUCUAGAGGGAGCAACGCCGUUCAUUUCGAUGUCGAGUUCACCGUUGACGAUGUGGCCGUGGUCUUCCAUGAUAAAACAUUGGAGAGGUGCACAAACGGGACUGGAAAGUUGUGCGAUGUCACGUUCAAGUUCUUGGAGAUGCUGAACGCCUCCUUGAGCCACAAGUUGGUCUCGAUGACGUUUCCGAACGAAAAAAUACCGUCGCUAGAUGCUAUGGUGACCGAAUGCUUACGUCACAAACUCAUCAUGGUCAUAGAGUUUAAGAACUCUGCCCUCAAGGGCUCGUUAUUAUUAUUCAUUCAUUCAUUUAUUCAUUCAUUCGUUUGUCCGUUCAUUCCCUCAUUCACCCUACCUACCAAUCAGAUGAGGCGUUCCAUUCCAAUGGCUAUCUGCGGCCUCAUUCAGCGAACCAAUCAACUUUCGAGAAAUUUCGACGGCCAUAUUGUGACGCGCGCUUUUUAUCUGGACUAUUUAUGCUACGUGACCUGUGAUUGGCUAAUCGAGUGGGCAUACGUCACGUGGGCGUGGUUUCUCUGUGGCUAUUCGUUCGUUCUGCUGUACCGGAAAGACGUAUCCGUUUGCCUCAUAGAUUACUACAGAAAUCUGGGCAUAACUUCAAUCGUUUGGACGGUCAACACAAAGACGGAGAAGGAAUACUUC